AUGGAAGAAGAAUGCCAACCUCACAGGAUAUCUUUGGAACAUCCAUUCAAUGGGGCUUCCAUCGGACUAAAUGAAGAACAGAAAGGAUAUCAGAAAGUGGCCUUUGACUUUGCAGCCCGGGAGAUGGCUCCCCAUAUGGCAGAGUGGGACCAGAAGGAACUGUUCCCCGUGGACAUGAUGCGGAAGGCAGCCCAGCUAGGCUUUGGUGGGGUCUACGUACGCACGGACGUCGGUGGGUCUGGACUGUCCCGGCUCGAUGCCUCUGUCAUCUUUGAAGCCUUGGCGACGGGCUGCACCAGCACCACCGCCUACAUAAGCAUCCACAACAUGUGUGUCUGGAUGAUCGAUACCUUUGGCAACGAGGAACAGAGGCACCGGUUUUGCCCACCACUCUGCACCAUGGAGAAGUUUGCUUCCUACUGCCUCACUGAGCCAGGAAGUGGGAGCGAUGCUGCCUCCCUUUUGACCUCAGCUAAAAGGCAAGGAGAUCAUUACGUCCUCAAUGGCUCCAAGGCCUUCAUCAGUGGUGGAGGGGAGUCGGACAUCUAUGUGGUCAUGUGCCGAACGGGAGGACCAGGCCCCAAAGGCAUCUCGUGCAUAGUGGUUGAGAAGGGGACCCCUGGCCUCAGCUUUGGCAAGAAGGAAAAAAAGGUGGGGUGGAACUCCCAGCCAACCCGCGCCGUCAUCUUUGAAGACUGUGCUGUCCCUGCGGCCAACAGAAUUGGGAACGAGGGGCAAGGCUUCCUUAUCGCCAUGAAAGGCCUGAAUGGAGGGAGGAUCAAUGUUGCUUCUUGCUCUGUUGGGGCUGCUCAUGCUUCAGUCGUCCUCACCCGAGACCACCUCAAUGUCCGGAAGCAGUUUGGAGCGCUCCUGGCGAGUAACCAGUACCUGCAGUUCAAGCUGGCUGAUAUGGCCACAAGGCUGGUGGCCUCACGGCUGAUGGUCCGCAGCGCGGCGGUGGCCCUGCAGGAGGAGCGGGAAGAUGCGGUGGCCCUGUGCGCCAUGGCCAAGCUCUUUGCUACAGACGAAUGUUUCGCUAUCUGCAACCAGGCCUUGCAGAUGCACGGAGGCUACGGCUACCUGAAGGACUAUGCCGUCCAGCAGUACAUGCGGGACUGCAGGGUUCAUCAGAUCCUGGAAGGCAGCAACGAAGUGAUGAGGAUGCUGAUCUCGCGAAGCCUGCUUCAGCAGUAGCGCUGGACGCGGUGCUCUGCCACGGUGUGGAAUGUGCACUUGAACUGGUGUUUAGUGGCCCCCGGUGGACGGUUCUGUUACAGAUGAGUCAUGAAUAAGGUCAUAGGACCGAGCCCUCCCAGGAGGACCUUCCUCGGUGUCGGCGCUCGGUGUGGGCAGCAGUGAGUGCCGUGGGGCUGACACAGCCUCGUCGGAGGCCUGGCGGAGCGGCCUUGGUGGGGUGUCGCGAGGCCACUGCCGUGUUUCCUGAAGCACAAGUGCCUGAUGAUGACGCAUCAGCGACCGUAGUUCUCU